AUGCAAAUCUGGAAGCACACGAUGUACUUCCGGAAACUGCACCGGGCCGCGAAGGAAAGAGGCACACUGUUGCGCAAACAAAAGCUCCAAGGCAUGUUCGCCCUCGCUCACAAAGCUGCGGCCGAUCACGACUACAGGGAACACCACAAGCUUAUUAAUCAGCUUGCGCCGCGGGCGGUGUAUCGGAAGUUUCAGCUUCGGAUAGACGGUAAACUCCUCACUCCUACUGAGGAAGUGGCCGAAAUGCGUAAGCACUUUGAAAAACUGUACCAAUCCGAUGCUGCCACCAACCAGCUCCUUGUAGUAGCGCUGACUGAAGAUGUCACGGCCUGCCAGCACGAGGUGCAACAUGCCCUCCAGCGUCUGCCGGGAUCCAAAGCCGGACUCCCAGGGUCGUCUCCUGGGGCCGUGUGGCGCAUGUGCUCAGACAUUACCGCGCCAGCCAUUGCUGAGCAUCUCACCCACAGCUGGAGGGCUGGGGAGACCACUGUGUCCGAUCAGUGGGUGAUAGCUAAGCUCGCUCUUCUCCUCAAACCUGGGAAACCAGGCACCCUUCCCACACACUAUAGGCCCAUAGGACUCAUCGACGCACUGGGUAAAUCGAUCAUAAGCAUGCUGAUGGACAAAAUCCGAUCUGACGUGACCCAAUACAUCCUUGACACCCCGCAAUUUGCGUACAUAAAGGGUAGGUCAACGCAGGAAGCGCUCAGGCGCGUCUUUCACCAUUGUGGCAUGGCCAAAGAUCUUAGAAGUCGGAACCGGAGCACCUUGUACAACCGUCGCUUAGGCCGCCGACCAGCACCGCUGGCAGGCGGCCUGCAGAUUUGCAUUGACCUAAGCACCGCCUUCGAUUUGGUACCCCGCCAGGCACUGGCGGAAGCACUGGCAGAAGCCGGCGUCCAGGAGGGCCCUGCCCAACUGCUGUUGCACUGGAUAGGGCGCAGCAGGUACCGCAUCACGAUUGAAGAUUGUAGCGCAGAGGUCUGCUCCAGCCGAGGGGUUAAACAGGGGUGCCCGGUGUCACCACUGCUGUUCGCAGCCUUCACCUCAAUGCUCCUUCGAAGGAUGGACCAGAGACUGGAGACGGGCUGGACGGCCCGGCACAUGACCCUGUAUGCCGACGACUUCCAUGCUUCAGGCCUGUUCCACACGCGCCAUGAACUUGAUCGCCUCUGUCAAGGAGUAGGAGUAGUCAUUGCUGUCCUUCGUAAACAUGGGAUGAUCGUUAAUGCUGAGAAAGCCGCUGUAAUCCUCACUGUGGGGGGAACGCAGCGGAAAGCUGCCCUUGCUGAAUUCACGAAGGUGGUCAAAGGCACGCGCUUCCUGCGGGUCAGGGCCUCGGGAGAGGACCACCUCCUACCGCUAGUGGAGAAAACCGUGUACCUAGGAGCAGUGGCUUCAUACCGCAACUUCACUGAGCAAACGCUACAACACAGACUUGACGCCUGUAAAGCAACUUGCAGUCGCCUCCGAAAAGUCCUACAAGGCAGACACAAGCUUACGCUAGGCCAAAGGGUUCUGUUGUGGCGCUCCACGGUACUCCCCACGGCUCUAUACUCCUUGGGAGCCUGUGGCCUCAAUGCAGAGCAGCUUAAUUCCCUGCAGACAGUGCUCAUGCGGCAACUUCGUGCGAUUGCGAGAGCCCCCGCUCACAUCACACAUGAAUCUGACUCCGUGCUACUUUCCAGACUUCGCCUGCAGACUCCCCAACAGGCCCUGGAACGGCAACAUCGCGUAUUGGUGGACCGCCGGGAUCCUGAAGAUGUUCAUGUGCAGCAAUCGGAUCACCCAUGGAUGAAACACCUGCAAAGUUGUUGGUCUCCUCCUCCUCCCCAAACUCACUCCGGUCAGUCUACGGUGCACUCCGAACAGCCUGAAGGGAACAGGGAUGCUAGCGCGAAUGCCCACGAUGUUGACAGCCAGUCACCACUAAAUAGGCCUGCCGUGCUCAACGUAGUUUGCGACCCUGUGCAUACUAGACACCUACAGCCUAAUGCCACCUACCACGCUCCACUCCCACCACCCAUUGCUCCCAUGACAACCCCUGCCACAACCACUGUCCCAUCCACCCAUGAAGCCAACGCGCCGCCUGUCGAGGCUGGUCGCGUACAGGCAACAGGAUGGUCAUGCCCUCACUGUCCCAAGGAAUAUCACAGCCUCUCGACCUUGCGCUGGCACAUCACCAAGGUUCACAAGCUCUACAUGCGUAAGGUCCGGUUCAGCCGGGCACAGCAUGCACUUCAGGGUAUGCCGAUCUGUGCCCUUUGUGGCGUCGCCUUCGCGCGAUGGGAGGUGCUGGAGACCCACGUCACCCAGCAGCGCUGCACUCAGGAACUACCCACGGAAAGGUCCGACUCCCAUCCCGCCAUACUCACCGAGGAGACAUCUGUGAAUCAGACCGCCGGCUCGGCUAUGGCAGAGGUCGCACCCACAUUAGCCGUGCCCCACACUUCCCGAUCCAAUGAUGACAAGUCUUGCCACCGACAGCAGGAGACGCAAAGGCCGACGGGUGUGCCAGUCCCUAAGGUAGACACCCAAGCGGAGGGAAGUGCACCAGUGGUCCUGACCUCGCCUCUACGCCUUAAGGAGGCCAUGCAAGUUCUCCGGCUGUCCGGACUCCAGGGACUUAUGAGGGCGGAGUGGAUAAAUGAGCUAGCGCACCACUGCCUAUUCUGUGACCAAUGGCACGACCGUUCCCACACCAUUAAAAUCCACAUGCGCAGCCAACAUCCUGAGCCAUUUGUCUUUAACGAGCAAGCCACUCAGUUGGCCGCCCGUCUAGGUGGAGCCUUCUCGCCGUGCCUCUACUGUGGACAAGCCAGGGCCCAUCCGAGACAACACCUUGCCACUUGCAUCGCGCUCUGGCAAGAGCUCUUCGGUCCGGUGAUGAGGGGCAAGCGCCCCACCACGGCGGAGCCCACGGACGCUGCCAACGCGCCGGAGCGCCAGAACAAGGCAAGCAAACCCAACUCAGGUGGGAAAGGAAAGGGCCAUCGCUACGGCAGGGGGCACCGCUCGGGUGGUCAGCAGGGCGGAGAAUCUCAGGGCCAGACGCAUCAGCAGCGAGGACAACAGGGUCAACAGGAGACGCUGAGGCUGGUGACCAGACUCCUAAUGCACCACCAGGAGGCGAUCUCCACGCUCCGACUCAGCACGGGGUGGGUAUGGUGGCUCAAGAUCCCGGCACCAUCGCCAAUUCCUGCCCUGGUUCAAGCUGCCAAGGUGUGGCGAGAGUCGGUGGUCAAGCCAGACAGCAAGCUCAAGAACACUCCCAUCCGACAGGCCAUGUUCUGGAGCCUGAUAGAAUUCAUCAAGUCCUCGGUCCAAAGCCCGAGCGAGGAGACCCUCAAGAUGGUGAAGAGCUCGGGAUGGGCCAACGACGCUGGUCUAUGGAUCUAUCAGAGGUGGUGCCCAGAUCUCAAGGCGCUGACGGUGGACACUGCGCGGACCCCCAUCUCACCGGGCGAGCUCUUGAGGAUCCUCCAGGAAAUCCAAGGACUUCUCCAUCCAGAUACAUUGUCACGCUUUCAUGCGCUUCGGGGCCUCGAAGAAGGCAUGGAGGGACAAACAGUCCGAGUGCUCAUGGAUGAGAGAGACCAUGCAGCGUCCACCUACGCUUCAGCAGCUCUUGGAUCGCGUGUACUCCUGAGGACCAUCACUCUUAGCAAUCCUGGUAACUAUUACUUCAAUGCCUCCGCUAGAGCUCUCCUCUGGACCAUCUUGCACGGGGACCACUUUUCACAGGACGGCCCGACGGCUCUCACGCACGCUGGAUGCCAGGCAUUCUCCUUUCUGAGUAGGUUGCCGCGUCGCCCUCAUUUCAUACCAGGUAUGCUCCUAUGGCGUUUUGCCAUGACAGGCUGGGCCAAUGCACACAGACAGCAUGACAGCGCCGAAUUCCUCGCACACCUGAUCCGCAAACUCUGCCCCCAGGCCACUUCGGGGGAAUGGGAGGCGCGCCGUGACACGGAGCUCGGGAUUCGCGUUACAGAGUCCGGCGAGUGCCACCAGGCAGUCACUCUGGACCUCCCCAACGGGGAUGAGCUUGGGACUCAAAGCCUCUUACAUGCGUGGCACCAUCAGGCUUCUGUACAUGCCCUUAGGGUGCCGCCUGAGCUCCUGGCGCUCAGAUUUGCUCGAUACACGCACGGACCCGAGGGAGCAUGCAAGCGCCAUGCUCUUAUCACAUGGCCCCGUACUAUCAACAUGUCAUGCUUCACGGGGGAAGGUAUGGAAUCCUGUAAUGUCACAUACACAGUAGCAGCCGCUGUAUUGCACCGUGGUCCGGACAUCCAGGCAGGCCAUUACACCACCAUCAUACAUGACCAUGCCUCAGGUGUUGAUUACUUCUGUGAUGACGGCCUCGAGCCUACAGCCAUGAGCGACACAUCGGAACUCAGACGAGGGGACGCUUUCGCAUCCAGGGAGGUUUACAUGUUGCUUUGCAGGCGAGGGGAUUAG